AUGCCCUCUACCCUCUGGACUGUCAUGGACACCUGGCGAGCUGAAGAUGACGAAGAGGAACCGGGCCUUCGAACGGUGGGGUCAGGAAAGUUUGUAGAUCGCUUUGGCAGAGCCUGGCAGCAAGCAGUGUGGGACGAUAAUUUGAGAGCAAUGAAGGAAGAAGACGUGUUUUGGCGACCAAACUUUUUCCCAGCUCAAGUGUUCUUUCGCGUGGAUGCGCCGUCUGCGCCGUCCACCAUCCCGUUUCGGCCGAAGCAAAGCGCUGAUGGGAAAGUUGAUCCUCUCCACUCCCGCAGUCGCUUGGCAGCCUGCCAUCUUCACAUUGGAGACUUUCUGAAAGUAAUCCUCGGAGUCAACAUCCCGCAAGAUGCACUUCUUGCUAUCUGUGCUUUGCUGCCUCUCAGAGAACGUCGAGCUUUCAGCUGUUUGGCCCGCCACUUCCGCUUGGCAACCACGCUCACUUGGAGUGACGACCCUGCUGAGAACGACACGACUCUCUUGACCAUCCUGCGGAAUGAUCAGCCGGAGUUUCUAUCCAGAGCUAUCAAGGAUUCCGGCACCAGCAAAGAUUCCCUCGGAAGGAUCCUCGUGUAUGCGACUGAUGGAGGCAGGGUCUACCGUCGCCACCGAUGCUGCAGACUUCUGGGCGAGAUCGGUGCAGAAGUUCGUUGUGAAGAUGCCGUGAGGGUGACGGGUGGACUGCUCGGCUAUCACGAUGGUGUUUAUUUUCGGAGGCUCGGCACGAGUGAAGCCUGCUAUAUUGGAUUUGAUAGCCGUUUGGCCUUCGAGGAGCCCUCCGAGAACUUGUUUCGCCUGAUAGAGCACGGUUUCAAGAUCAGCCCAGACAGAACCCGGAAGGAGAAAAUCUGGUGCCAUUGGGAUGAUGGAGGCUUCAAUUUGGCCCAUGUUGCAUUCUCGGCCAGCACCGCACCUCCCUCUGACGGAUGGCAUGCAGAAACGGACUCACCAGAGCUGACCCCUAGCAUCCGUAUCCAGCCGGUGGGUCUCGAAGACUUGCUGUAUUCCGGCCCUGCGAGUAGUGGCCCAAUUCUGGAAAGAAGGGAGCUUCGCAUCUCAUGUAGGAGGCCACCUCAGUGGGUCCCCAAAAGUGACCGGCCCGAACAACCUGGAUUCUAA